AUGAGUCGUGAGACCCCACACAAAAUAAUCCACCUGUCCGUGAGGGAUGUCCGGUUCCCCACGUCUCUGGAGCAUCACGGCUCGGAUGCGAUGCACCCGGACCCGGACUACUCGGCCGCCUACGUGGUCCUGGACACGGACAGCGGCCUGAGGGGCUUCGGCCUCACCUUCACCUUAGGACGGGGCACGGAAAUAGUGGUGUGUGCGGUCCAGGCUCUGGCGGGUCUGGUGGUCGGCAAAACUUUGCAGGAGAUCGUGAGCGACUUCCGCCGGUUUUACCGCCUGCUGACCAGCGACGGGCAGAUGAGAUGGUUGGGUCCGGAGAAAGGCGUGAUCCAGCUGGCCUCUGCGGCCGUCCUGAACGCGGUGUGGGACCUUUGGGCGCGGGCCGAGGGCAAGCCACUAUGGAAGCUGCUGGUUGACAUGGACCCGGAGCGGAUCGUCUCCUGCGUGGACUUCAGAUACAUCACGGACGUGCUCACCGAGGAGGAAGCCCUCCAAAUGCUGGUGGAGGCCAGGAGGGGCCAGCGGCAGAGAGAGGAGCAGAUGCUGAGUGAGGGUUACCCCGCCUACACCACCUCCUGCGCCUGGCUGGGAUACUCCGACCAGCAGCUCAGAGAGCGUUGUACAGAGGCCCUGGAGGAGGGCUGGACCCGGUUCAAGGUGAAGGUGGGGGCGGAUCUGGAGGACGACCUGCGCCGGUGUCGUCUCAUCAGGCGAACCAUCGGAGACCACAACACUCUGAUGAUCGAUGCCAACCAGAGAUGGGACGUGGGGGAGGCCAUCACGUGGGUGUCCAGGCUGGCUGAGGUCAAGCCUCUUUGGAUCGAGGAGCCCACGUCUCCGGACGACGUCCUGGGCCACGCCGCCAUUUCGAAGGCUUUGGCUCCCCUCGGGAUCGGAGUGGCCACGGGGGAGCAGUGCCCCAACCGGGUGGUGUUUAAGCAGCUCCUGCAGGCCUCGGCCGUGCAGUUCGUGCAGAUCGACAGCUGUCGGCUGGGCAGCGUCAACGAGAACCUGGCCGUGCUGCUCAUGGCCCACAAGUUCAAAGUGCCCGUGUGUCCUCACGCCGGGGGAGUCGGCCUGUGCGAGCUCGUCCAGCACCUGAUUCUGUUCGACUACAUCUGUGUGUCGGCGGACCUGAGUGACCGGAUGUGCGAAUACGUCGAUCACCUCCAUGAGCACUUCGCUAAUCCCGUGGUGAUAAAGAACGCCCGCUACAUGCCCCCCCGGGAUCCAGGCUACUCCUGUGAGAUGCUGGAGUCUUCAGUGAGAAGACAUCAGUACCCUGGAGGAGACUCAGUGGGAAUUUCCAUGAAGAAAUAA